AUGUUUACCGUACACACAGCCAAGGCACUCCCAGGGCAACAAUCACCACAACCCAGGCAACAUGCCCGCUCAGGUACGCCCACGACGCAGGCGCAGGCCAACUCAAAGGACUUCAUGAAGUCUACAUGGCGUCGCCAGAACCGCUCAGAGUGGACAAUCUACCACUGGCUCUUCGAAAUUGUAGGCGUGCAUCCUACCUACCUCGACAAUGAAAUCCCGGUGCACCAGAAGGAGGAAAAGGUUCCCCAUAUGCACGAGUGGUCUCUGCACCGUUGGAUCAUCUUGCACGCCUUUGUUCCCAUCAUCCUCCAGCACCUGUACGUCACCUGGACAGGCCGCAACUUCACCGCGUGGCAAGCGGCCUUCUUCUAUAGCGCUGCCCUCCAGAUCAUCAGCAUCCACGAGUUCUACAUUCUACGUCGCAUCAGCCAUCAGACCGGUUUCCUCGAUGGCGACGUCCAUGAGCGUGACGGGUGCCCGAUGUCGGGAGUCAUCUGUACCGUCUUCCUUAGCUACUACGUCAGCCAAGUACCCGCGGAUAUGGGCUGGCUCUGGCUGCCACUUGAGGCCGGCCUCUACGGCAUCGUUCUCGACUUCUGGUUCUACUCGUACCACCGCUUGAUGCACGAGGUCGCCAGCCUCUGGAAGUACCACCGCACCCACCACCUUACCAAGCACCCCAACCCGCUGUUAACGUUAUACGCCGAUACUGAGCAAGAGUUUUCGAUACUCUCGGCAUCCCACUCCUCGUACCUCGUCUUCGCCGAGUUGGUCGGGCAUAGCGGCCUCCGUCUUUAUCUCCCCAUCCCGAACACACUUAACCCGUUGUUGUGCUGGUUCAACUGCGAGCUGAUUAUCGAGGAUCACGACCUGCACCACCGCAAAGGUUGGAAGAGCAGCGGCAACUACGGCAAGCAAACUCGUCUAUGGGACCGCAUCUUCGGUACUUGCAAGGACCGCAUUGAGUGCCGGGAUGAUAACAUCGACUGGGAGAAUACGAUUACGAUGCCGUUGUUAUAA